AAACCACCAGAGGAACAAAGGGAAAGAGGAUGGAGUCACUGUCCCGUACACAUUCAGCUGAUUGCAGGAGCACUCCGACAAAAUCAGCUUGAAGAAAAAGAAAGAUGUGUUAAAGAGUUUAUUCUCUUGACAGAGCUACAAGUAACCCAUUUCUGAAGAAUGAUGCUGAGCGACCUCCUGUACCCAGAUAACCCCAAGAGAAGGCAAGAAUUGAUCCAUCUGCACCAGGAAUUGCUCGAUUGCAUGUCCACAAAUUUCCGUGCAACAAAUGAGCUGGCUGGAGUGCUAAAUGAACACCUGGGCUGUACCAUCACCCACAUUCAGAUGAGAGAGAGCAGCACCGUCAAGGAAAACUGUGACAUUAUCAUUCAAGCAAUGAGUGAGAUUCAGCAUCAGGUACAGAAGAUUGAUAGUGACAUGAAGGAAAAGCUGGAGCCUGUGCUGUACCAGAAGCUCUAUGACAUCAAAGAGCCUGAGCUGGAGAAAAUUGCAAUAGCCCAUAAAGUUUUUUCAAUUGUUCUCGGAGAAGCAACCUCAACAGCUGGGAUGGUAGCUAUCAAACUGCUUGGCUCCAAUCUUAUGACUCUCACUGUGAGCAAGCUCGUCAGUCUCCUUGCGCAGAUUGGGGCAUCUGUUCUUGGGGGAAUCAGCAUCACUGUUCUCGGGCUUGGCAUUGAAAUGAUCCUCCAUGCCAUCCUGGGAGCUGUGGAGAGGAAUCAGCUUCUGACGGCUGUGAAAAGCUACGAGAAGCAUCUGGCUGAGUUUAAAGCAGCUUCAGAAAAGUACCAGCGUGCCAUACGUGAAGUGACUUCUUCAGUGAGACAGCAGGUUCAGUGAAUGAAGUCAGAGUUCUCUCUCCUGCUGUGACAGCGACUGCAGCAGCUAUGCCCGCAGAAACCUUUUUGAUUCAUUAUGGUAAAUGAACUACUGAUGGCUUUUCUUAUUAGUGGUAGCAGAGCAAGAGAUGUGACGGAUCCAGAAACUGGCACUGAAAUAUAAUAUAGGGAAAGGGCUUAUAAGUGCUUCUGGGAGGCAACACUUCAAAUACUUCGUACCUUUCCUUCAGCUGUUUUUUGGAAUUUAUUUUAGAUAACCUUGAACUGUAAUACAUCCUAGUGACAAUAACAUUCACUGCUGGAGCAGCAGUGGUGAGAAGGUGUGAUUUAUCUUUUUAUGUUUUUCUAUAUCAAAGAUGACAACAUCAUGGGAGAAAAACAAUUUCAACAAGCCAGUCCAUGUCAUCAUCUGGGGGGCUCAUCAGGACAGCUGUGGCUGCUAAACUCUUAGUGCGGUUUAGUACUAAAUCUGAUAGGCUGAAUUCCCUCUUCAUUGAACUCCUUACAAGGACUAGCUGAAGCAUAUUUAACUGCGAUUUCCUGUCCCAUCCCUCCCUAAGGAGCCAGACAGAGAUCAUCUUUAAAUAAACUCUAAUCCCAGUAGAUUAGAAGGUAAGAGAAGCAUGGUCUCAGAAGCAAACACGUACAACACUGCCCCACAACUGAGAGAAACAAUUUAUAGUGUUCUAGGCAUGAAUAACCUCCUGUGCUCAGUAAUGCUGCCCUCUUGCCAACCCACAGGUAAAUAUUUCUGUGCAGAGUCGCUGCUCUGUUGAUUGAACUAGGAUUAUAUACACAUACAAGUGUCUGUAGGAUUACAGCCCUAUUAAUGCACUAAAUUUAUUUUCACGUGCUUUACCCAGUCCCACCAACGUGGGACUGCCAAGAGCAUGCUCAGAGUCUGCAUUUCACAAUAUGCUACCAAAUGUCCUUAUUUUUCAGAUUUUAAAAACAAAGCUGGAAGCAAGAACAGGAUUUUCAGUCUCUUGCUCUGAUUUGAUGUGGUUUGCUUUUUUUGCUUUGAUCUUUGGAGAAAAAAAAAAGCUAAUUUAAGAAUUAAUAAAAAUGUACCUGAAUAUUGUAAGAUUUCUCUUUCCUGUACUUGGUUUGGGUUUUUUUUUGGUUCUGUCUGAAAAAACAAUCUUAAACCAAAUCAUGAAAAAAAGAUUAAAAUCUUCAAUAUAGCUGCAAUAUAUAAAUUCUUUUUAAUACCCAUGAUAGACUAAUCUAGUAGGAUUGUGUAUAGCUUCCUUUUUUAGUACCACCUUCCCUCAUACUAAAGGCAUACCCGAAUUCAUACUUUUAAUUAAUAUUCAAUAUUAGCAAUAUUAGAUGAUUAUAUUAAUAACUAGAUCGUGCCUGUAAAGAGUUGGGUGACAUUACAACAGGGAAGCUCUCCAUUGGCUUCAUAACCCUUCCAUUCCGGGUUUUGGUUUGUUUUUUCCAUACUGUUCCCACUUUUAAUCAUCUUUUUUUGACUCCUCUUUGCCUUUGUGUUCAAAAGCCACUAGAUGGCAAUGCAGCUGUCGGCUCCCAAGCAGCUCUGCCAGCCAUCGCACAGAAAGCCCAGGGUUCCGGAGCAUGGAUGGGUGCUAGGAACUGACAAACUGGGACCAGUACAAGCUGCAGACUGGGCGAUAUGGGUCAGGAGAGGCAAUUCAGAUGAGGGAAAAAGCACUGCCUUGCCUCACACGAGGUAUUGUGGUGGGUGACAUGGUGACCCGAGGCAUCGUUUCUCCAAGAUGUGACAUCUCCCUUCUUCUGACAGAAGUGGCACUCAGUUUAGAGGUACUUGUUUAGAGGCAAGAGACUGUCAAUCAGUGGAACAGCGAUAUUUGAGUGCUGAAGUGGCAGGAGUCCCUGGCUCCUGCUGACUUUCUCUGUGCAAAUGUACGUUUUUAAUUUAGCAAGAAAACCUACCAGCUCUGUAUGUUUCUUUGCAAGACUGCCAAUCACUGCUGUACGAGAAUAACAGAGUCAAACAAAACCAAAUCUGUUGUACUUUUCAGGCAGUUUGUCCAUGUUUUCUUGAAAGCAAAUUCCAAGCAGUG